AUGAACCUUAUAACCCUUAUCUUAAUCGCCUUUAUAGUAAUUGUGGGAUACUUCAUUCGCACUAUAGUAUACCCACCCUCUAAUUUCCCUAAAAAUGUCCCCGUGAUUCCAUUCUAUGUUUCCUUCCUUACCCUGUUUUACAAGAUCUCCCAGGAAGACAUUUACAAUAUAUAUAUUCGAAAGAAAAUUGAAGAACAUGGUAUUGUCGCUCUUUACUUUGCUUCUCGAUGGAACUUAAUUUUGCAAAAACCAGAGUACCUUCAAGAAAUGUUUCGAGAUUUAAACACGUUUGAAAAGAGUGGUAACCAAAAGAAGGUGCCCUAUAGCGUUUUAGCAGCAUACACAGGCGAUAAUAUUAUAAGUGCACAUGGCGAGAAUUGGAAAAAAUAUAGAAAAGUUUUACAGCCUGGACUCCAAAAAAAUUUUGACGAAGAACCUUUGAGAAAAAACUCGCAGCAACUGAUUUCGUUAAUUGAAAAAGAUCAGGAAAAAACAAGUGGAGGAGUCCUGAUUCAGCACUUUCUUCAAAGAUAUACACUUGCCAAUGUUGCUGUCUGUCUGUUAAAUACCGAUUUUGAAACUCUUAGCCGAUCUGACUCUCCACUUCACCUUCAGCAAUUAGCAGUCAAGAAGGAGAUUUUCAAGCCGAUUUUCCUUAACUUUCCUAUUCUUGAUACCCUUCCUAUUCCUAGCCGCAUUCAAGCACGCAAGGAGAUUGAAAAGUUUUCCAAAAAUCUGUGCAACCACAUUCGUCGAAGUAAUGAAAAGAUUGACAAGUCUGAGCUCAAUCUUUCGAAUAGUAUGAUUGCUGCAGUGGAAACUGGUAUUUUAACUGAAAAACAAUUUAGAGAUAAUGCAGUGAUUGUUUUCAUUGCAGGACAUGAAAACCCUCAGUUAUUUUUGACUACUCUACUUUAUAUUUGCGCAAAAUAUCCUACAAUUCAAGAAAAGCUAAGAGACGAGGAAACGAAUUCCGAAGUUCCAUUAAAAGAAAGACCCUAUCUUAACUCUGUUAUUUAUGAAACACUACGAAUGUAUCCGCCUAUUUCUCAGCUUGUAAAUCGCAAGACGGCUAGACCUGCUAUGCUUUCUAAUGACGUGAUUAUUCCUAAGGAUACUUAUGUGGGUUAUAUUGGUUAUGCAACGGGACAUGAUCCCAAAGUUUGGGGUGCUGAUGCGGAUAAUUUUAUUCCUGAACGAUGGGGAUCAAACAUUCAAGAGAUUCGCACCAAUUAUUUAUCUGCAAAAAGUUCAUCUCGGUUGAUUGCCUUUCAUGGAGGCAUGAGGGCGUGUCUUGGUGAACGUCUUGCAUUGACAGAAACUCGAGUAUUGUUGACGGAGCUGCUUAAGGAGCUUAGUUGGGAGCUUGAUCCAGAUUGGUUUGAUAUGAUGACUCCGGGUGGUCCAUUAUCUCCAUUUCUUUUAAAACUAAAGUUUUCAAAGCUCAAUCCAUAA